AUGCCUCCAUCUAACUGUAAUGAGCUGGGGAAGCGUGCCCCCACUCCGAUCCGGGAGAAGGAGGUGACUCUGUGUAUGAAGUGCCAGGAGCCGUUCAACUCCAUCACCAAGAGACGCCACCACUGCAAAGCCUGUGGACACGUGGUGUGUGGAAAGUGUUCAGAGUUCAGGGCCCGUCUACUCUAUGACAACAACAGGGCUAACAGGGUGUGUAUCGACUGCUACACCACCCUAGUCGGGGUUCCCCCCUCCCCCGCCAGUCUGACCAGCAGCGCAUACAGAAGACGGUCAAUAUUAGAGAAACAGGCGUCGGUGGCUGCAGAGAACAGUGUGAUGUGUAGCUUCCUCCACCACAUGGAGAAGGGAGCAGGCAGAGGCUGGCAGAAAGCCUGGUUUGUCAUCCCAGAGAAUGAACCACUGGUCCUGUACAUAUACGGUGCUCCUCAGGAUGUGAAAGCCCAGCGCUCUGUCCCUCUGAUUGGCUUCGAGGUCUCCCUUCCUGAGUCAUGUGACCGCAUGGAACGCCGCUUUGCCUUCAAAAUCAGCCAAUCACACCUUACGCUCUACUUCAGCGCCGACGGGGAGGAGCUACAGCGCCGCUGGACAGAGGUCCUAUCACGCGCAGGGAGAGGGGAGGAGCUACAGGCUCACGGCUCAAUCAUAGAGACGCUAGAGGAGGAAGGGGAGGAGACUGCAACCUCGGGAGAGAAUACGUGAUUGGUUAGAAGGCGUAAAAUCAGUAUUAGAUCAUCUGCUGUAUACUCAUAAAAACUACAAACUACAAACUACAAACUACAAACUACAAACUGUACAGAUCAUGAGCAGCACAUACGCACAGUUUAAAACUUACAAACAAACACACACACACACACACACACACACACACACACACACACACACACACACACACACACACACACACACACACACACACACACACACACACACAGACAGACACGCACCUCUCUGUAUUUAAUGUCAGUGAUCAGUCAGUUGCAUGAUAAUCUGCAGGUCCGUUUCUUUCAGUCAGUGUAUUGCUCAUCGUCUCAUUAGUGAACCAGUGUUUGCAAUAACAAAACAAUGGCAGUCAGAGUAAAGUGUUGCUCCCCUCCUCCCUUCAGAAGAAAUACAUUACAUGAAGAUUAGUGUGUCAUAGUGAUUUUACAUCCUUUCAUUCUGAGCACGGAACAGACGUCCUCCUCCGUACGUUUUUUCUCUGCCAAAAUCCAUGUUGACGAUGUCAUGUUUAGAACAUUGAGUGGUUGCUAUGCUGUCUGAGUGUUCUAGGGUUCUAGGGUUCUGAGUGUUCUAUGGUUCUAGGGUUCUGAGUGUUCUAUGGUUCUGAGUGUUCUAUGGUUCUGAACGUGUGUAACUCUCCACAGAAGGAAGUAGAAAGGUGAUUAUACACUACAGCUGUGUUUCAGUGUCUGUUCCUCCGUGUGAAAUGGCUGUUGUUUGGAUGGUGAUGGUGAUUGUUGUCCUAUCCUAUCUGUUACUUUCUUCCUAAUGCAAUGAGAUGAUUCCUGAAGGGCUGGACAGUGUUGGAACGUGAUAAUGGACUGAGGGCUAACUGACCCCUGGACGGACGGACGGACAGAGACUGUCCCUGAAUCCCUGGCCCCCUUUGGCUGAAGAGAAGAGGAAACAAUAUGGCUGCCUGCUACAGUCUGCUCCUGGGGAUGUUAAGCUACAGAUGGAGGAUCAUAAUAUGAGACAGUUUGCUACAGCUGGAAUCCUGCAGAAACAGGACAUGUGAAUUAUUAUGUGGAUUAUAAUAAAUUAACCUUUUUUUUUUUA